AUGGCUGAGCCGGAACGGGUCCGCCUUCCCGCGCGGUCCACCCGCGGAAAACGAGUGUCGGAGCUGGUGGGGGAGGAUCUAGACGCGGAUGAGGAGUUUUGGAAUCAGAAGGCUUUCCAGGAGGAAGCAGAGGAUGUGGAGUAUGCAACGGAGGGCGAGGUGGAUGAGGACGUUUUCGACAGCGACUUUGAUGAUGACGAGCCAGAAAACGAGGAGGAGGAGCCUGGAGCAGAGGUGAAAGAAAGGUCUGCCUCUCCCGUUAUCCUCUCUCCUGCCGCAUCCCCUCCCUCGUCUCUCUUCCCAUGUUCCUUCCUUUCCAUGCCUCUUUCCCUUUCCCUUUCCGCACAUUUUCCCCCAUAUCAUCCAUCUCCGAGACACCAGUCUACCAAGCGCCGUCUCCUGCCUCCUGGCACCAAGAAAGAAACCAAGGAAGGAGUCUGCAAAGAGGGCGAAGAAGGGCCUCCUUCAUUUCCCCUCAUCCUCUCCUUGCCUGCCCCACCUGCCCCACCUGCCCCACUCACCUGCCCCGCCUGCCCCACCUGCCCCACCUUCCCCACUCACCUGCCCCACCUGCCCCACUCACCUGCCCCACCUGCCCCACUCACCUGCCCCACCAGGCCUACCAAGCGCCGUCUCCUGCCUCCCGGCACCAAGAAACUUUCCAAAAAGCCUAAGAAACCUGCUAAGGCAGCAAAGAAGGGCGUUGGUGGAAGGACGCUUGUUGCAGAGAAGGGGAAAGCGAGCGGAAGGGUUGACGGGGAGGCGACAGGUGAUGGGGCGGAGGCGGAGAAGGGGAAGAGUAAAGCUGGGAGGAGGAGUGGCGUGGGAAAGAGUAGGCAGAGACGUGAGUUGGCUCUUCUGGGAGUGGGGCGAGUGAAAUGGGAAGGGGCGGAGGGAGAGGUUCUGAACCGGGAAGCGUUGGGAGUGAUGCUGGGGGAGGGAGGAGGAGGUGAAGAGGAAGGCUGUGGUGGAGAAGGGGGGAUGCAUGGGGCCUCCUCUUAUCCAGAUUCGUCCCAUUCCCCUUCUCCCGCAUCAUUGUUCCACUGA